CGCUGCCGUCGUCGUUACUGACACCUAUCACCGCUUCAGAGUCGCCGGCAGCGACGUUCUCCCACUGUGAGCGCCGCCCGCACCUUUCGUCCUAUCGAUCCGUGCGCUUAUUACCCUUCCCAGCCGCACUUGCGGUGAAGGCGGCGGGACGCGAGGAUGAUGGGCAGUAACUGCGGCAGCGGCGGUGGCGGAGGCCCCGGCGGAGGCAUGGGUCCGGGCAUGGGCGGGCCCGUGGGUGGAGGUGGGGACGGGCGUCACAACGACGAAGCGGCCCUCACUGAGUUCCUCUCCUCCCUCAUGGACUACACCCCCACGAUUCCAGACGAGCUGGUGGAGCACUACCUCGGCCGCAGCGGCUUCCACUGCCCCGACCUCCGCCUAACGAGACUGAUUGCUGUAGCCACCCAAAAAUUCCUUUCUGACGUCGCAAGCGAUUCUCUUCAGCACUGUAAAGCCAGGGUAGCAGCACCUAUCAAAGACAAUAAGAGCAAACAGCCUAAGGAUAGACGUCUUGUAUUAACAAUGGAUGAUCUUUCUAAAGCCUUGCGUGAGCAUGGUGUGAACUUGAAACACCCUGAGUACUUCGCAGACAGCCCUUCAGCAGGAACGGCUCCUUCGACAAGAGAGGAGUAGAUUUGAUUGUGCCAGCGUGGACCAAGUGGGACUUGGAAUCAUAAAGGGAGCAUGACAAAUGAAUGGCCAUGCCGGUGUUCUUGCCCAAUUUGAUGUAACGGUGCACUACAUAACCUCCAAAAGUGUGUAUUUGGUUCAUGUUCGUGAUGCAUUAUUGACAAUUAGCUUGUGAUACCACCAUCGGCUGCUUCUCUACCAAGAUCCUAUUAUCUGCC